AUGGCCUUUCCUCCCAUCGUCACGGCGACGCUCCAGUCCGCUGUCCUCAGCGGGACGUCGAACCUGUUGGCGCAGGCCCUGACGGCCUACCAGACCGAUAGCCAACUGGUCAUCGACUGGGUCCCCAUCUUCCAGUUCAUCAUCUACACCAUCAUCAGCACGCCCCCCAACUUCAUGUGGCAAGGGUUCCUCGAGGAGACCUUCCCAGCCUACCACGUGUCGCCGACCAAGCGCGCCAUCGCCUCGGCCGCGGCCAACGACGAGAAGGAGCUGGACCGCGAGGCGCGCGAGGACAAGCUGGUCGAGCCCAAGCUCAACAUCCGCAACACGGUCAUCAAGCUGGUGCUCGACCAGACCGUCGGCGCCGCGCUCAACACGCUCGCCUUCAGCAUGUUCAUGCACAGUAUCCAGACCGCCAUGACCCGCCCGGAGCACCUCGCGGCCGCACACCACUCGGGGCCGUACCUCUUGUCGCGCGGCGCCAUCGACUACGGCAAGGUCGACUGGCGGGCCGUCGUCCGCAGCAGCCAGCUCGAGUUCGUGCCCAUCUUCCUCGCGGGCCUGAAGCUGUGGCCCAUGGUUAGCUUGGUCAACUUUGCCUUGAUCAAGAGCAUCGAGGGCAGGAACUUGGUGGGUUCCCUGGCCGGUGUUGCCUGGGGUAUCUACAUGAGCUUGGUUGCGGCGCGUUAG